GGCUUAUUAACCAACCAACCUGGGUGGAUAUGGAUACACUGUCAAGUCACGACUUGUGUAGCGAUGCACACGUACCACAUAGGAAACACAAGAAAAAGAAGAAGAAACAGAAGAGAAAUCACAACGUAAAUGUUGAGGUUUCAUACGAAAUAAGUGACAAUCCUAGCACCACCAGUAAAACUACUAAUGAGUAUGUGAAGAAGAAACGAGGUGAUGACAGCAGUGUUACACCACCAGUAUCCAACAGUAAAACAAAAAAACAUAAAAAACACAAAAGAAAUACAAAGAUUGGAGGAUGUGAGGGGCCAAAACAUAAACGUAAAAAGUUGAACGAGUCUAGAAAUGACAGUGAGUGUGAAGCUGAUCAUAAAAACAAUGAAAGCAUUCCUGUACAACAAACCAAGGAGUCUGUAAUAGAAUCUGAUAGUGUGGUGGCUACUGGUAUUUCGUUCUCAUCAAAGAAGAAAAAGUCCAGUAAACGAAAACAAAAUAAACGUGAUCCCAAACUGUCAGACGACGAGAAAAAUUGUGAUAUAAACGUUGAUUCCUCAAACGUCAAUGGAAGCAGUAGCACCGUUGAGUCUCGCAGACUAGUCGAAGCCACAAAGACUCCCAAUGCUUCAUCAACCUCCCGAGAGGGCGACGCAGAGCUCGAAACAACACCACCAAAAUCAACCACCAGAGCCGUCGAGAUCCACUGCACACCUACAGCCACUCCCGACGCUGCACGACCGAUACCCACAAGUCACAAUCCUAACGUGAGCGGCACGACACGACCCCCCGCAGCGCACACGCAGCGAGAAGUGUUUCCCUAUGGUAACUACGUGCGUUACUAUGGCUACAGGAACCCCGACAACGCUGAUCAUAGGUUCGACGUACUUCGGCACGAGUGGUUUCGUGACAAGGACGUCCUCGAUAUCGGUUGCAACACGGGACAUCUGACGCUGCUUGUUGCCAAGGAGAUGAAACCUCGAAAGAUCAUUGGCAUCGACAUUGAUGGCCAGCUGAUCAAGAUCGCGCAAAAAAACGUUCGGCACUAUCUUCCCAGCAGUCGGAAGGGGUCGACGUUUCCCGUGUCUUUCCCGAUGUCGUAUGGUUUGGUCGGGAACGUUUCUGCGCAACCUGGCAGUGUUACAGAGUUUCCAAAUAAUGUUUUGUUUGUCAAGGGGAACUAUGUGCUGGAUUCGGAUGUACUGCUAGAGAUGCAGAAGCCUCAGUUUGACACAGUGCUUUUCCUCAGUACGAGUAAGUGGAUUCAGCUGAACUGGGGCGAUUCCGGACUCAAACGCACGUUCAGGAGGAUGCUGGCACAGCUGCGACCCGGUGGUCACCUUAUCAUGGAAGCUCAGCCCUGGAACUCGUAUCAUAAGAGCAAGAAGAUAAAUGAAACCAUUGCUAAGAACUAUCACGGUAUAACCCUGAAACCAGAGGAGUUUCCUGAAUAUCUAUUAUCAAGUGAAGUUGGCUUCGCGAGCUGUGAGCACUUGGAUACUCCUUACAACCAAUCAAAAGGUUUCCAGAGGGCCGCUCUACCUACUAACAAAAGCGAAGACCCA